ACUCUUCAAAAUAUCUAAAUUUGCUGAAUUUCUAUGUCCUGUGGGAUGGGGCCCAGUGUCUAGAUUUUCUCUUUCAAAACAGGGAGCAUUUCGCUCAAGUAACGAAGUAGAGAGACUAAUCCACCACACAAAAACUGUUAACGCUUUUAUAUCUUAGAACCACACAACUAUAAUUUCAGGUAUACCGUAGCUUUGAGCUAUACAAACUACUGAACUUAUUCAAAUAUUCAUGUUAAAUAGCAAAAACAUUGAGUUACCCUUCUGAAGAUCAGGUACAACAAAAUAUUGUCUGAUGUGGGUGCUUCAGACUCCUCAAAUUAUCAGACAAGCUCCAUUUCAGAGUAAUAACCGCUGCUAUGUUUCCCAUGUCUCGGCAAGAUUGCCAGUCUCUUUUGUUUCGUUGAAUUCUUCAGCCAACCCCGUCACAGACAUUAAGGGCAACAACAACCAGUUGAUACAAUCAUUAUGCAGAGGAGGCAACCUUAAGCAAGCCCUUGAGCUUCUGUGUUGUGAGCCCAAUCCAACUCAGCAGACAUUUGAGCAUUUAAUCUAUUCUUGCGCACAGCAGAACUCGCUAUCUGAUGGACUUGAUGUUCAUCGCCAUCUUGUCAAUAAUGGUUUUGACCAAGACCCGUUUUUAGCUUCUAAACUUAUCAAUAUGUACUAUGAACUUGGGUCUAUUGAUAAUGCUUGGAAGGUAUUUGAUGAAACUCAGGAAAGAACCAUAUAUGUCUGGAAUGCGCUCUUCCGAGCGCUGGCAAUGGUGGGUUGUGGUGAGGAGCUGUUAGAUUUGUAUGGUCAGAUGAAUUGGAUUGGAAUCCCAUCAGAUAGGUUCACUUAUACGUACGUGCUUAAGGCUUGCGUUGUUUCGGAGCUGUCAGUCUGCCCUCUCCGGAAAGGUAAGGAGAUUCAUGCCCAUAUUCUGCGACAUGGUUAUGAAGUAAAUGUUCAUGUUAUGACUACUCUGUUGGAUGUGUAUGCUAAGUUUGGCCUUGUAUCGUAUGCAAAAUCCGUUUUUGGAGCAAUGCCUGUCAAGAACUUUGUCUCAUGGAGUGCUAUGAUUGCUUGUUAUGCAAAGAAUGAAAUGCCUGUGAAAGCACUGGAACUGUUUAAGUUAAUGAUGCUUGAGGCAUGUGAUUCAGUUCCAAAUUCAGUUACAAUGGUUAGCGUGCUUCAAGCUUGUGCAGGUCUUGCUGCAUUAGAACAAGGAAAGUUGAUUCAUGGCUAUAUCCUUAGAAGGGGUCUUGAUUUCAUACUCCCAGUUCUUAGCACCCUUAUAACAAUGUAUGGAAGAUGUGGUGAGAUUUUGACAGGACAAAGAGUGUUUGAUACGAUGAAGAAUCGUGAUGUUGUUUCAUGGAAUGCUUUGAUUUCUAUUUACGGUAUGCAUGGUUUUGGAAAGAAAGCAAUCCAACUUUUUGAAAAUAUGAUUCACCAAGGAGUUUCACCAAGUUAUAUAUCAUUUGUGACUGUUCUAGGUGCUUGCAGUCAUGCAGGCCUUGUUGAGGAGGGAAAGAUUUUGUUUCAAUCUAUGCUUAGUAAGUAUAGGAUCCAUCCAGGUAUGGAGCAUUAUGCUUGUAUGGUGGAUCUUCUUGGUCGAGCUAACAGGUUAGAUGAAGCAAUCAAACUAAUAGAAAGUAUGCAUUUUGAACCAGGACCCACGGUUUGGGGUUCCCUUCUUGGAUCUUGUAGGAUUCACUGUAAUGUUGAACUUGCAAAGAAAGCAAGCACUAUGCUUUUUGAGUUGGAGCCUAGGAAUGCUGGUAAUUAUGUUCUUUUAGCAGAUAUUUAUACAGAAGCUAAGAUGUGGAGUGAAGCAAAGAAUGUGAUGAAGCUAUUGGAAGCUCGCAGCCUGCAAAAGCUUCCAGGUCGCAGCUGGAUUGAAGUGAAAAGGAAGAUAUACUCAUUUGUCUCUGUUGAUGAGUACAACCCACAAAUUGAAGAGCUCCGUGCUCUGCUAAUUAAAUUGUCAACUGAGAUGAAGGAUCAGGGUUAUGUCCCUCAGACAAAUGUUGUUCUCUACGAUCUUGAUGAAGAAGAAAAGGAAAGAAUUGUACUGGGACAUAGCGAAAAACUUGCUGUUGCUUUCGGACUCAUUAAUACCGCAAAAGGUGAAACCAUAAGGAUCACCAAAAACUUGAGAUUAUGUGAAGACUGUCAUGCCGUUACAAAGUUUAUUUCUAAAUUUGCCAAUAGAGAAAUUCUUGUUAGAGAUGUGAAUCGCUUCCAUCAUUUUAGAGAUGGGGUUUGUUCCUGUGGUGACUACUGGUAGCUUUUAUACCAUGUCAAAGAAUUAAUUUUUCCAAAAGUUUAUGCUAUUGGGUAAAGACAUAAAUAGCUUUGCUACGCUGUGUACUCAAUUGUGAUGAAUUCACUGAUCCAUGUCUUUCUGGAUUUUGAGCUCUUAUGCAUCCCAUCAUGGGUAUUUAGGCUUCUCAGAUUUGUCGCAGAAUAUCAUUGACAUCAUGCAAAGUUGAUAAAGCAAGGUCAAUAACAUAUCGGUAUACCUUCCAAUUUCUGGUUCAGCUAUACUAUCGAUAAAGCUAUGUGUAGAUGUAUGACAUGAACUAAAAUUGCUUACACAUAUUUGAGUAUUAAUCUAGCCUCUUUAAGUUGAAGGAACUUAUGUCCAUAUUUUAAUCUGGAAGAUAAGAUAUAUUCUCUGGCUUGUAUGGAUUGAUAUUGAAUACUAGCCGAACGUGCUGUGGUGCAUUAGGGAUCAUUUCCAAAUAUUUCCAUGUAAAAACCCACCUGUGAAUUAGUUAGGCUUACACUUUUUAAUCCUAAUUGUAUUUGAGUGAAUGUUUUUUGACAUAUAAAUAAUAUUCUUUUGCUGUGCCCACAUGCGCACAUGCAUGCCCUCAUACAUAUAUAAAUACAAAGUUCAAAAUAUAUUUAAUAGC